AUGUCUUCACUCAUUCUCAUGGGCUUAAUGCCCAGGGGAGACGAUUUCUCGCUGGCAGCACGAUUGACCAGCUCCAAGGAACUUGACAUCGAUCCUCUUCCGGAAAAUCACCGACGAGGUCUGAUUGCUAUUGCAGUUAUGGCUUUCUUAUCUCUUAUCGCAACGGCCAGUCUUCUAGGUUUCAUCACCUUUCGACUUAUCUUCUGGCGCGGCAGUUAUUCACGAUACAUCGGUUACAACCAGUAUAUCAUCCUUAUCUACAACCUAGUCUUGGCCGAUUUCCAACAGUCACUGGCAUUCAUUAUCUGUUUACGAUGGAUUCUUACCGACAAGAUCAAGUCCGGUAGCGUCGGAUGUUUCCUUCAAGGGCUCUGGUUGCAAAUUGGAGAUCCUGGGAGUGGUCUAUUCGUGCUCGCAAUCGCCUUCCACACAUUCCUUCUAGUCGUUUGGGGACGCAAAAUGUCCCAUAGGGUCUUUGUUGGGUUUGUCUGCGGAGUCUGGGCUUUUGUCGCUCUGAUGGUUGUGAUUCCAUUGGCUAUGUACGGCGGUGACGUCUUCGUGCCCUCUGGUGCCUGGUGCUGGAUCAGUGAAGACUAUGAAACCACUCGUUUGUGGACUCACUACAUCUGGAUUUUCGUCGCGGAAUUCGGCACAGUCGCCCUUUAUGCUGUCAUGUACUUCCAACUUCGUCGACAAAUCGCCGCCUCCUCAAUUCUUGGAAACAGCCAACUGGAGAGUCUCAGGCGACUGCGCCGCGUUGUCGGAUACAUGACCAUCUACCCGAUUGUCUACAUUGUUCUGUCACUGCCCCUCGCAGCCGGACGUAUGGCCACUGCCAACGGAGACUCUCCAAGCUUGACAUUCCUCUGCUGUGCCGGUGCCAUCAUUACCAGUUCUGGUCUGGUUGAUGUGGUUCUAUACACACUCACUCGUCGCGCUCUCAUCAUCGAUUCCGAGCCCAGCCACGAUCGCUCAUACAAUAAGUUCGCUAGCAGCAAGGGCAAGCGUGGUGAUACCCACCUUACGACCAUCACUGCGGACCCCAAGCGCAAAAUGGGUGGCGGUACUUUCAACGACGAUCUUGACGGUUCCACGGACAACAUUGUCUCGCCCAGCCCCCAUGCUAUGGAACACGGCCACGAAAUGGCCCCGAUCGGAAAGGUGUACCAAGAGACAACGAUCGAGAUUACCCACGAGCCUGCUUUCCCCGAUGAGGGAUCAAGCGAGCGCUCAAGUAAGGAGGAGUUCCCCUCCGAGAUGCCACCUCACCAUCAAUGGCGCCGAUGA